AUGUUUCUUAAAAUCCAACGACAAUUAAAAAUAUUUCUUUUGAUCAUAUGUUACUGUUCCGAUUUAAUAAUCGGAGGUCCUGAUCAACGUCGUUUGUUGAAAUAUCUAUUAACUGAUAAUCAAUACAAUCCAAUUGAACGACCUGUUCAAAAUGAUUCGAACACAUUACCUGUAACUAUGAAUUUGGCUUUACAACACAUCAUUGAUUUUGAUGGAAAAAAUGAAGCUAUUGUUAUUAGUGGUUGGAUGACUAUCAUGUGGAAUGAUUAUAGUUUAAAAUGGCAACCAGAAGAAUUUGGUAAUAUUCAAACAUUACGAAUACCAAGUACACAAAUUUGGACACCAGAUAUUCUUCUAUACAAUAGUGCCGAUGAAAAGUUUGAUACUACAAUGAAAGUCAAUGCUGUUGUACAAUAUAAUGGUGAUGUGCUUUAUGUUCCGCCAAUAUUAUUUAAAUCAAUUUGUUCAUUUAAUAUUGCCGCAUUUCCAUUUGUAAGUAUCAGAAAAAUAUUUCACUCGUAUCGUACUUUUAUCUUGAAUAUUUCUCUUUGUUUUUUUUUGGACACACAAUAUUGUGCGUUGAAAUUUGGACCUUGGACAUAUGAUGACGCUGGAAUUAAUCUAACGGCAGAAAGUAGCCAAGGUCAAUUAGAUGCAUAUGUCAAAAGUGCUGAAUGGGAUUUAGAAGACUUCUCUGCAACAAACAAUGGUACCAAAUAUGAAUGUUGUCCAACUGUGUAUCCAUAUGUACUAUAUACUAUUCGAAUGCGUCGACGUUCUCUUUAUUAUUUUACAAAUAUCGUUCUACCCUGUUUUCUUAUAAGUUGUAUGACACUACUUGGAUUUUUAUUAGCACCAGGUAGUGGUGAAAAAUUAACUUUGCAAAUUACAAUUCUUCUUACUAUUGUUAUGUUCAGUCUACUUUUGUCAGACAUAAUGCCACCAAGUUCAAAUGCUAUACCAAUUAUUACCGUUUAUUUCAUGUGUGUUAUGAUUAUGUCAACGAUUUCAGUUGUUGCAUCAGUAUUAGUAAUAUCACUUCAUUUUCGAAAUUCAAAAAAUUAUUCAAUGCCAUUAUGGCUUCGUAAAUAUAUUUGUAAUUAUUUGGCAUGGUUAUUGUGUAUGAAACGUCCUGGACAUGAUUUAAGUUGGCGUGCAAUUCGUCGUAAAUGGACUACUUCAAUACAUGAACCGAAUAAUAUAAAUGGAUCGAUUGAUAAUCGUCAUUCGAAGAUUCCUUCGGAACUAUUGUUGAAUAAUACAUUCGAAUUAUUAUCGACUAAUGUUAUAAAUAUUGACAAAGAACCUUUAGAAUUAUUAGAAAAUGAUGAAAAACAACAUUCAGAUUCAUUAUUAGAAUUUUCUGUACCAUCAGUAACAAAAAUUCAACGUUCUCGUCAUCAUCAUAAUUUAUCAAAAGAAUUAUAUACAUGUGAUAUGGAAAUGGUUCGUUCUGAGUUACGUAUAAUUAUUUCUCAACUUGCUAUUCUUACUAAUCAUUUUCGACAAGUAGAUAAACAUGAUGAUGAAUCUCAAGAUUGGCAAUUUGUAGCUAUGGUUAUUGAUCGUCUUUGUCUAAUUAUUUUUGCUAUAGUCAUGAUUCUUUUUACUGUACUUACUUUUUUCAAUGCUUAA